AUGUCCGAACAACCCAAGCAGUACGGAGUUACGCCGCCCAUCACUGUGGCUGGACCUACAGAAAAAGAGGUCGAGCGCAACCAGACACUUAUCGAAGAGCUCAAAAAGCAGGACAGUUUUGAGAGCCAAGAGGAGAGCGCGAAAAGAACGCAAGUUUUGGUUGCGCUUCAGUCAUUAACCGAAAAUUUUGUGAGGAAAGUAUGCGUCGGGAAGGGCAUGCCGGAGCAUAUUGUGAAGAAUUCUGGUGGAAAGAUUUUUACUUAUGGGAGUUACCGUUUGGGGGUAUAUGGGCCAGGAUCUGACAUUGAUACACUUCUUGUUACGCCUGCCCAUAUCAGCCGACAUGACUUCUUCACCACUCUGCCGCCUAUGCUCCAGGAGCUGAAUCCGCCGCCGGAAGACCUCUCAAUAGUCCCCGAUGCCUAUGUUCCCAUCAUCAAAUUCGAACUCCAGGGGAUUUCAAUAGAUCUAAUUUUUGCUCGCCUGCCAAACAUCAAUUCAGUACCGCGGGAUAUGGUUUUGAAUGACAAAGAGCUCCUGAGAGGAUGUGACGAGGUUAAUUUGCGCUGUCUGAACGGAUGCAGAGUUACCGAUGAAAUUCUUGCUUUGGUACCUAAAACGGGAGUGUUUAAAAUGGCUUUAAGAGCUAUUAAGCUGUGGGCGAAAAGACGUGCCAUCUAUGGCAAUGUGAUUGGCUUCCCCGGUGGUGUUGCUUGGGCAAUGUUGGUUGCCAGAAUCUGUCAGCUCUAUCCAAUGGCCGUCAGCUCGGUCAUUAUAAGUAAAUUCUUCAAGAUUAUGGGCAGCUGGACCUGGCCGCAACCUGUUCUUUUGAAAGGUAUUGAAGAUGGACCUUUGAAUGUGCGAGUAUGGAAUCCAAAGAUCUACGCUUCAGACCGUAGUCAUCUGAUGCCUAUCAUUACACCCGCGUAUCCUAGCAUGUGCGCGACACAUAAUAUCACUAAAUCCACUAAAACGAUCAUAAUACGCGAGAUGGCCAGGGCAAAUGAAGUCGUAAAUAGGAUCAUGGUAGGUACUUCUAGCUGGGACAACCUAUUCGAACGUCAUAGCUUUUUCACCAAUGGUUAUCGUUACUAUUUGAGCGUCAUCGCCUCGGCCAAGGGCAAGGAGCAACUGCUAGGAUGGUCCGGACUUGUGGAAUCCAAGUUACGUCAUCUUGUGAUGAAACUUGAACAGAUUGAAACAAUCAAACUUGCCCACCCCUUCAAUAGAGGAUUCGACAAAGUUCACUUCUGUGCUACUGAAGAGGAAGCAAUUAGUGUUGCCCAUGGAGAAAUCCGGAGCGUGGGCAUCCAUGACGGUGUAAAGACGGCCGAGACCGACCUCAAGGACCAAAAUGGGGAUAGCGAGUCAAAGGAAGAAGACGAUUCAAAAAUAAAGGUCUACACAACUACUUACUACAUCGGCCUAGAGAUCAACAGUGAAAUUUCCAAGCAGAUCGAUAUCUCUUGGGCUAGUCAAGAAUUUUACGACAUGUGCAAGAGCUCGGAGCACUACAAUGUUGAAGAACAGAGUAUCAAUAUUGCCUUGACUCGCAACUAUGAGUUGCCUGAUGAUGUUUUCCAUGCUGGAGAUACGAAACCCGUGAAGCAAACUAAAAAGAAGAUAAUCAAGAAGAAAGUCAACACUGUGGCUAAUGGCAACGGAAAGAAAAGAAAUGCCGACGAGGAAUCGAUUGGCCACGACGCAAAAAGGCAACAAUUACAGCACCCGCAAACUGUCGUACAAGCUUAG